AGCCGUAUAUUAUUUCAUUCAUUAUUUACCCAUUUUUUAAAAAUGGUUCGACAAAAUGUGAUCAUUCAAUCAACUUCAACUGCAUAUCCUGAUGCAAGCAUGUCUACAGAAAGUGAUGUAUCGAAAAUGCCUGCAAGUCAAAACUAUGAAAAUGUUAGUAAAGAUUUGAAUACGUCAAUUGAAGAAGUUCGUGAUCACUUGAAAAAUGUUAUUGAUAUGAUGGGCCCACAUUCUCCAAAGCUUAAUACUGCUUUUGAAACUAGUAAUGACGCUGAUAAUGAGGAAUCGUUGUAUUCUUCUACAUCUAUUAUAAGUUCAUCUGUUUUAAAAGUACAAAAAUUAACUUCACGAUUACAUGAUGAAAAUUCAGAAAAACCAGGAAACGGCAUAUUAUCAUCAAAAACAACUAACAUAAAUGAAUAUGAAAUGCAUAAAGGUUAUUGUUCAAGUAGUAAAUGUGUUCCGCCGAAGUAUUUAGAUCGAUAUACCAGAAAACCAGUCUGUUGCUGUGUUUCUGAUUAUUGUCCAUGCCAUUCAUGUCCUUAUAAUCAUAGAAUGCAACAUCAGUCCAUUAAUGGGAAUGAAGCAGUUGAUCAAACUAAAGUGUUAAAUCGUAAAAAUUUUAGAAAACAUCCAGAAUUUUAUCGUAUUGAAAUGGAACAAUCAAACAAACCAGAUAUAAAUCCUCCAAAGCGAUUUGUAUUUGAUUUAGUUGAUAAUAUUCCCCAUCCCAUGUCAGAAAAUGGUAUUCAAAAUAAUGUAUGUGAAAGUAAUGUACAAAUUGCAGCGGAUGGGAAAAAAGGUACUCCAUGGUCUUGUCCACCCUGCUUCAGCAAAAAGAAAAAUCCCAGGCCAAAAAAAUACGAUCACAAGAAACAUCCUGAAAAAAUUGAUAUUUACUAUUUCGAUCAUGGAAAUUCUGCGUAUUUUCGUACAACGGAUUCAGCUCCAUUAACAUACACAGAUGAAUUAGCUCAAAAAACUGAAAUGAUGACAACCAAAUUUUGGGCAGAAAUUUUUGGAUCACUGCAUAUAUUUUGUGCAUUUGUUACUGCUUUUAUUCUUCAGUUUUUAAAAUUUACACUAUACAGUAUAAUUCGUCCAUUAACAAUCGGAAUAAUUCAAUUGACAUCUGAUUACUUUAUAAAACCAUUUUUAGCAGUCCUUUUUAAUGGAAUUUUACAGCCACCAUUAAUUUUAUUUUAUAAUAUAGCUACAUCCAUCAAGGAUUUAUGUCAUCCAAUUGCUAUUGGUUUUGGAUAUUUUUUAAUCGAACUUGCAAAAGUAUUUAGUGCUAUAAGAUUUGUGGAAAUACGAAACAGAGAACCACGCAAGUUAAAUUUAGGAGCUGAUUAUGCUUAGAUACAAACCACAUGCUUAAUAAAAGAAGAAGCAAAUAAAAAACUCUGCUAUUAUUGAUGAAAUUGGUUGAUGAAAAAUUUUGUACUCGAUUUAGGCUUUGUAUGAACUAUCGAUCAAGUGGCGGUUUAAUGUUCAUAAUACAAAAUAACUAAUAGCAAUUAUAAUCAAAUCAAACAGAGGAACGAUUUAUAUGAUUAUAAAAUUCA